AUGCUACACAAUGCCAUUCUGGAUAAAGCUCCAAAAACCCAGAUACCUUCAAACGCCAGGCUUGACAGUUUGAGACUACUUUAUCAAGCGCAUGUUGAUCCAGAUCUUGUUAUCCCUGGACAAACCAAAUUUAUUCAAACACCGCGAGUUGUUAAACUGGAAAAUUUAAAAGACGAGGAUAUGGAAGAUCUCCGACUCACUUUGCAAGCUUAUGCUCCUAAGGUGUUUGUGCAUUCUAUCCCAAUGACACACAAGGUUCUGUCUUGGACUGAUAUCAAGUUGAUCAUUGCUGUUUUAAUUGUAGAAUUGUAUAACCUGAUCCUUGGACUUUAUAAUCAAAACAAUUAG